AUGACGACCCCCUCGUCUCUGAAACCCGCCACCAUUGCCGCCAUCGGCGUCGGCACCAUCGUCACCGGCCUGCUUGCAUACGCCCUGUACUUCGACCACAAGCGCCGCAGCGACCCCGAAUUCCGCAAGCAGCUCAAGCGCGAGUCCAAGCGGACAGAGCGACAGGCCAAGGAGGAGGCCGAGGCCCACGGCAAGGAGCAGAAGGCGGCCAUCCGCGAGGCCGUCGCGCGCGCAAACGACGAGGGCUUCCCCAAGGACCCGGAGGAGGUCGAGGCCUACUUCAUGCAGGAGGUUGCGCAGGGCGAGGGCAUGGUGCAGAAGGGUGAGUCCGAGGCCGUGUCGCUGCCAUUGGCAGGGCUGUCAGGCGCAGACAACGUCGAGGCCGCGCUGUGCUUCUACCGCGCACUCAAGGUCUACCCCAACCCGCGGGAACUGAUCAACAUCUACGACAAGACGGUCCCCAAGCCUGUCCUCGACAUCCUCGCCGAGAUGAUUGCCGUCGACACGUCCAUCCCCGUCGGCGGCAGCAAGACGCCCUCCGAGUCCGGCUCAGCAGGCGACCUCGAGUAG